UACCCCUACUCCCCUUCGCUAAACAAACCCGUAGAAAAAAGAACUCUUUCCUGCUGUCGCUUCGCAUCAUGGCCCUCCUCGCCGCCCGCCGCGCCGCCGUGCUUGCCCGCCCCACCGCCGCCGCGGCACUUCUCCGCCACGCGCCUGCCGGGGCGCGGUUCUCGUCGUUGGCGGACUGCAGAGCCUUGGUUCGAGGCCUCCGCGACAUCUCCGAAUACCUCCGCGCCGAGAAGGAACACUCUUCCGCCCCCUCCGCCGCCGCGCUCCGCGCCAAGUCCGAUUCCCUCCGCGCCGCCACCCACGACGGAGAGAUCGUCGGCGUCCUCAACUCCGUGAUCCAGUCCCACCACCGCGACCUGAUUAGGGGGAUUCCGAAGGACUUCCCUUUCGAAAUCAGCAAAACGGAUGGGAUUCCCGACAUUACUCUUACAAGAAGUUUGAAGGGCGAGCAGAUUGAGGUCUUGGUUUCCAUGCACCAGGAUGAGGAGUGCAACGUUGGCCUGCAGGAAGACUCAAAUCAGGAAGGCAAAGCCGAGACCUCCCCAGAAGAAUACAGCAUUCCUGUCAGGGUCAUUGUAUCCAAGGCCGACGGCUCAAGCCUAGAAUUCACCUGCACAGCUAACCCUGAUAAUAUCGUCAUCGAGACCUUGUCCAUGAGGCAGAAGAAGUCAACAGGGGCAGAGGAAGCAGACGAUGUGGUUGCGUCGGAGGGCACGGAAAAUGAUCUAGCUGUAUAUGAUGAGGGUCCUCAUUUCCAUGAGCUGGACAAGAGCCUGCAGGAGGCAUUCCAUAAGUAUCUGGAGGUGCGUGGAGUCACACCCAUGACGGCGAAGUUGUUGCGCGGGCACAUGAUGAGCGAGGACAGCCACCUUUCGCCAAAAGAGAAGAGUGACGUCAGGCGCAGGCGUCUCGUCUGGCUGUUGAAGCUGUGGGAUUUCGUCAAGAAAGAUUAACACUAUGUAUGUCUUGAUCCAUCCUGUGCAUUGGAUCAGAGGCAUUGUUUUCUUCGGCUGUUCUGUUUCCUCGGAGCUGUGACACUCAUCCUCUAGACUAGCUAGGAUCCUUUUUUGUAAUUGUGUAGGUUGAGAAAAAAAUAAUGCCUUAUUUUUUAGAGUAAAACUUGUCGCGCAAGUUCAGCUUCAUAUACAUCAACUUUUUAACGAUACAUUGUUUAAGUGGGCGUUAAGUAGGAUAAAAUGGUCUCAUAAAUUUGUUUCGGCGGGAUUUUGUA